CGGGCUCAGCCGGGGAGUGCCGAGAAGUGCCGAGUUGAGCCGAGCGGAGCCGAGUUCAGCCGAAUGCAGCGAUCGACAGCGCGGGUGCUGCGCGGGGCGCGGAUCCCUCGAGUGGCGACCCCGCCGGGACGGACCCUCCGAGUGCUGACCUCCCUGGUUCGGACCCCCCCGGUGCGGGCACGGUCGGCCAGGGCGGGGACCCCUCCGCUCGGGCUGCUCUAUGAGCGGCACGGGGAGGCCGCAGCCGUCGUGCAACUGAAGGAUCUGGAAGUGCCCAAGCUGGGGGACUGUGAUGUCCACGUCAAGAUGUUGGCAGCCCCCAUCAAUCCUGCCGACAUCAACAUGAUCCAAGGAACCUACCCCCUCCUGUCACCGCUGCCAGCCGUGGGGGGGAACGAAGGUGUCGGGGAGGUGCUGGAGGUUGGGCGCCGUGUGAAGGCUCUGAAACCUGGGGACUGGGUCAUCCCCGCGGACGCCGGACUCGGGACGUGGCGGACAUGGGGAGUGUUCCCUGAGGAGAUGCUGCUGAAGGUGCCCAGUGACAUCCCGGUGCUCUGUGCUGCCACUCUGAGCGUCAACCCCUGCACGGCGUUCCGUCUGCUGGCUGACUUCGAGAGCCUGGCACCUGGUGACUCCGUCAUCCAGAAUGCCGCCAACAGCGGGGUGGGCCAGGCCGUCAUCCAGAUCGCCAGGGCCUCUGGCAUCAAGACCAUCAAUGUGGUGAGGGACAGACAUGAUCUCUCGAAACUGGUGGAGAGGCUGAUGGCCCUGGGCGCUGACCAUGUCGUCACAGAGGAGAUGCUGAGAAAGCCAGAGAUGAAAGAUAUAUUUAAGAGCAUCCCGAGGCCCCGGCUCGCCCUGAAUUGCGUCGGAGGCAAAAGCACCACGGAGAUGCUGCGGCAUCUGCAGCCCAAGGGGACCAUGGUCACCUAUGGGGGGAUGGCAAAGCAGCCUGUGAUGGUGCCUGUGAGUGCCUUCAUCUUCCGGGACAUGCGGCUCCGCGGGUUCUGGAUGACGCAGUGGCGGAAGGACCACGCGCAGGACCAGGAGAGCGUGGCUGCGAUGAUGGACGCCCUGUGCCAGCUCAUCCGCAGGGGCCAGCUGACAGCACCGGCCUGCACCGAGGUCCCCCUUCAGGACUACAGGGCAGCGCUGGACGCCUCCAUGAAGCCCUUCGUGUCCUCCAAGCAGAUCCUCCUCCUCUGACCUGCAGCUCCUGGAGCCCUGUCCUGUUCCAAAUGCUUGUCCACAGACUUGAGGGGGGAAAAGACCCUCCAGAUCCAUUGAAUUUCUUUUUUUCCUUUGUUUUUCACAUUUUGGAUGUCCACUGAAAGCUUUAAAAGCCUCCGCAGCUUUGUGUGGAAGAGCUGCAAGGAGGAAGGCUGCGUCUCACUGUGGCUGAGGGUGGCAGUUUGGGAUCCCAAAUGAUGGCUCACUCAGCUCAGGGUGUGAAAAGAACAGCAGUUCCCCCUCAGAUGUGCUUUUGGGGCUGGCAGGGCUGUAGUUAUCCCAGCUGGAAUGUGGGAUGGGUAGGGAAGCCCAGGUUAUCUCCCUGCAGUCCUGCUGCCUCCAGGCCAGCUCCGAGUAGGAGGAGGAAGGGGCAUGGACUGCCCCAAAUGACGAGGGGUGUGUGGUUGGGGUGGCCCUAGGUGCUGCUGCAGCUCCUGGAGGAGCCCGGGGGGGUUUGGCCAAGAGCACUGCAAGGGCCGGAGCCUCUGGCCAUCAAGGGCUGGAGCCAGACCCUCAAUGUCCCUGAAGGCCCUCCAGUCUGGGUGUGGGACAGUGACUGUGACACUGCAGAGCAAUGUGAAAAGAUUUAUUAUUGAGAACAACCAACAAUGUGUUCUUGCUUCCUCCUGUGCUGCUCUUCUACUCUAUGACCCCACAAGCUCCCUAUGGCCCCUGCUCUUCCCAGUCCAGCCGUGCCGAGGCCCGGCAGCGCUGGCUGUGCAGGUGCAGGUGGGGCAGUGACCGCGGGUCGGAGCGCGGCCGGCCGCCGGCCCCGGCCCCAGCAUGGCCAUCCCAAACCACGGACGGGAGGGCGGCGGCGGCUCAGCCCCGGGGCCCUGCGCAGCUCCUGGGUUUGGCUGCCCAGCGCAGAGUGUGGGCAGUGCGA